AUAUAAACACAACAUAAUACAAAGUAAUACAAUAUUUACUGAUAAGAAAAUAUUCUGAAUUCAAUCAUCAAUUGAACUUUGUCUGUGCAAGUGUUAACAAGAAUAAUUGUUAUAAUGAAAACACUUAUAGUAGUCGUCGCUGUGCUGAUUCAAAAUUUAGCGAUUGCAAAAAUAGAGGUCGCAUCUAAAGAUGGAUUAACUUUGUUUAACAACAUGCUGGGAGAUUUGUUCAACAAUUGCGCAGCCGAAUUUGGAACCAUCGGAUUCUGGGGGGACGAUGAAAUUUUUCGAAAACUAGAUGACGAAACCGAUGCUGAUAUUGUUCUGCUGAAUAACUCUACAUUAUUUUAUGAAGCGUCUGUUCGAAGAAUGAAAUUUUUUAUAACAGUUAUUAAACGUAACAUGGUAGUGCCCUCGAUUGUUUUAUCAACGAAUACAUCGACGAUUCAAAUAGAAACCAUGUUUCUAUAUGUAAAAGAUGAUUGUACCAAAGUGAUAAUUGAAUAUGAAUCGUUUCAAUUUUUAUUUGAAAGUUCGAAAAUUUAUUAUUGUUGCAAAUCUCCCGGACAAAGAUCGAUUGAUAUACAAACUAUAAAUACAUACUCAGACUACGCGCCGGAAUUUUGGAAAAAACAUGAUCAAAUUAUUACUAAAGAUGGUAAAGUUUGGACUGGGUUUAAAGCUCAAUAUUCUGAAGAAACUAGACGUUAUUAUGGUUAGUACUAUCAAAUACACACUGAAAAAAAUUAACUCAAUUCAAGAGAUAAACUGUUGAAUUUAUUAGUCAAAUUUUUCUGGAAAACUUUCUGUUGUUCUUAGAGUUUUAAUUUAUUAAUUCAACAGAUGAUGUCUUGAAUUAAAAAAAAAAUCUGGAAAACGGUUGAUCCUACAGGCCAUCCCUGGAACUUCCCGCUAUGUACGAGUUCAAAACGCUCGAGAAAUCAUCUAUUCCGACGUUUUGAGCUUUUCGAGCUCAAAAAUACAACUGUUAUAC